AUGGAAGUUUUCACAUUACCAAUUUUUUAGAAGUUAAACAAAUUAUAAAAUUGUUAAGAAGAAGAAAUAAUUGAGCCUUUGGAUGAACCUGAACAUUAGCCAACUUGUGAAGAAUGUAAAAAAGUUUUUACUAAUAAUUCAAAACUUUAAAGACAUAUAAGAGAGAUCCAUUAAAAUUUGAAGCAAUUUCGAUGUGAAUAAUGUGGAAAAGAGUUUAAACGUUCUUAGCAUUUGAAAAGACAUCAAUUAACUCAUAGUGGAAGUCGACCAUUUGAAUGUGAAAGUACUAAAUAGAUUUGAGAUUGA